AUGCACAACCUGGAUGGCCUCGCAAUUGUAAAUUAUCUUACGAGCGAACGUGGCAUCAAGAAGAUCGCAGUCCACGGUGAAUCCAUAGGCGGGUUAGUGGCGACGUAUUUGGCGCGCAAGUCUCCCCACGUAAGUGUGCUUAUCGCAGACCGCACGUUCGCCACCGUACCAGCACUGGCUCAGCGAAUGAUUGCAAGGUGGGCUGGAACAGUGGUGGACUGGGUGAUGCGCUGGGAGACUGACAACGUGCAGAACUACCUGGAUGCAACAUGCGCCAAGCUGUUGUGCUCCGAUCCGAGCGACGAUAUUAUCCUCGAUGGUGCGUCACUAAAGUCUGGCGUCGCACUAAGCAUCGAGUUGGGAGACAAGAUUUUCAGUUUACCCCGCCAGCGCGAAGCUGAUGGUUCACCGACUUCACCGGCAUCUCCUUCGAAUUGUGUACGCAAGGUGCGGACACGGCUGGGUCCACGCAGUACGCGUCGCGUCAGCGAAGCAGCGAGUCGACCGCAGUUAGGCCAGCCGCUGACGGAGACUAUCGUCGCCCGCUUCAGCGAAGCCGUUUUGUCUGUUGGUAGGCGCGCAUUGGAGUACACGAGGCGCCGCGAUAAAGAGGAGGCUGAAGGCCAUCAAAGCAAGAAAUCCCUUGAAGAGGCGACAAGCUCCGGUGCGAAAGCUAGUUUAAGCCACGUCACCAUUUCGGUAGAAGACGCGGAGGCCUCAGCUGCAACAGCAACGAGUGAAGACCCUUCUGUAGACACCGAGCAGAACCCAAUGCUCGCAACAGACUCGCCGGAGCCCAUCACGACGACCGCUGCAUUUCCCGACGAGCUCAUUGCUGUGGUCUGGAUGCAGCUCGCUCGUAUGGAUGGGUACUGCGGACAGGUCCUUCUUCAGGCUGCUGAGAACGGAGGGUACGACAAGAUCCGAGCCUGGACGGCUUCGCUGUUGACGUGGGGCGGUCGCGUAGCUCCUGACCGCCGCAGCGCGCGUUCUCUGGAGCCUUUCGAUCGCGACGGCAUCUUUAUUGUGCCUAUCACGGUCGCGGAGGCGCAUGUCAUGCUGCAGCACCUCGUGGAGCAGUACCCGCCUUUGAAGUUCGACUACGACAUCGGCUUCGUGGUACUGAUGAUCGAGUACUUGAACGACUCGCUCCAGCGACGGUGGCGCCAUCUAGACAGCGCCAAGACCGAUGAGCCUAGUGAAGCCACCCAAGGCGACAAGAAGGGCGAGAAACCUGUAGCACCAGACCAGAGCAAGUCGGCAGUCCCGUUGGUGAUUAACACUGGAGAUCCCAAACUAGGCUGCCUACUGCCACUGCAUUGCGGGCAUAACAAGAACUACGAAGACGCAGAGAAGCAGGCGCUGAUUGGUUUUCUGCGGCAUGUAGGCUUCGUAGGACCCACUAAAUAG